AUGGCCUCUUCUUUUAAUACCUCUCCAUGGCUCAACGAUGUGUUCUUGAGCUUCGGAGGAGAAGAUACUCGUAAUACUUUUGUUGCCCAUCUGUACGAUGCUUUAGCUAGAAAGGGAAUCCGUACCUUCUUGGAUGAGGAUGGGCUAAGAAGAGGUAUAGAGAUCUCACCCACACUUCUCAAAGCUAUAGAAAGUUCAAGGAUUUCCAUCAUUAUACUCUCAAAAAAUUAUGCAUCGUCAACAUGGUGUUUGAACGAGUUACUAAAGAUUCUGGAGUGUAAAGAAUCAAAGCAACAAAUAGUUCUACCUGUAUUUUACCAUGUAGAUCCAUCGGAUGUACGCCAUCAAAGAGAUAGUUUUGGCAAAGCAUUGGCUGAACAUGCUGAGAAAUUGAAUGGAGCCAUGGAGUUGCAGAUGUGGAGGGCAGCCCUACGAGACGUUGCCAAUUUGUCCGGAUACCAUUUGACUUAUGACCGGAACGAGUCUGAAUUUAUUCAAGAAAUCGUUCAAGACAUCUCAAAAAUACUACAACAUUCAUAUUUACAUGUUGCAAAGUAUCCAGUUGGAUUAGGGUACUCCCAGGUACAGAAUAUCGUGAAUUUGCAUUUAAGUGUUGGGACAAAUGACGUACGAAUGGUAGGGAUCUUAGGCCUUGGUGGACUUGGUAAGACAACUCUGGCCAAAGCAAUUUGGAACUCGAUUGCUUUUAAAUUUGAAGCUAGUUGUUUUCUUGCAAAUGUCGGUGACACUUCAAAUCAAGCACAUGGUUUGGUCCAAUUGCAACAGACCCUUCUUUCUAAGAUCUCUGGAGAUCGUAGAAGUUUGAAUAUUGAUAGUAUUGAUAUGGGAAUCAAUACGAUAAAGUGCAUGCUUGGUUCUAAAAGAGUUCUUUUAAUUCUUGAUGAUGUUGACCACUUGAUCCAAUUAGAAACAUUAGCAGGAGCUUGUGAUUGGUUUGGUAAGGGAAGUUGAAUCAUUAUCACGACAAGAGAUCAACACUUGUUGACUACUCAUGGAGUUGAUUCAACAUACAAGAUGACAGGAUUGAAUAAAGAUGAUGCUUUUCAACUAUUUUGUUUGCAUGCAUUCAAAAGAGAGAAACCGGUUGACGGUUAUGGAGAGUUUGUUGAACAGAUCGUAAAUUAUGCUGGGAGCAUUCCACUAGCUUUAACGGUGCUGGGUUCGGAUUUAUAUGGUAGAAGCGAAAGUGAGUGGGUAAGUGCAAUGGAUCAGUACAAGCAAAUCUCUCACCAAGAUAUUCAAAAAAUACUUCAAACAAGUUAUGAUAGGUUAAGUGAAGAUGAAAAGAAUGCUUUUCUUGACAUUGCAUGUUUUUUCAAUGGACAAUUACGGCUUGAUGAUGUCACUGUAAAGAUACUAGAUAGUUUUGGUUUUUGUCCAAACUUUUCGAUCCCAAGGCUUAAGGAGAAGUGUCUUAUUUC